GAGUAUGACGUCAUCGUCAGUACUUGCGAUCGGCCAUUUUGUGAGUGUGUGCUUCAUCAGGAUAUUUGUGUUAAGAAGCUUUUCCAGUAAAACCGAAUGAUUUAGUUUACAACACGGAUUCGCUUUACUUUUAUAACACGUGUUAAGGGCGCGGGGAAUCCGUGGACUUUACGUAAAUUCAUACGAUGGAGGAAAAAGCGUCGUUGAAAGAGCUCGACCAGUGGAUAGAACAAUUAAAUGACUGCCAACAACUAACAGAAAGCCAAGUGAAAACUCUGUGCGAGAAGGCAAAAGAAAUCUUAUCUAAAGAAUCUAAUGUACAAGAAGUAAAAUGUCCUGUAACAGUAUGUGGAGAUGUACAUGGGCAGUUCCAUGAUUUAAUGGAAUUGUUCAGAAUAGGAGGCAAAUCUCCAGAUACAAAUUACCUUUUUAUGGGUGAUUAUGUGGAUCGUGGCUAUUAUUCUGUUGAAACUGUUACUUUGUUAGUUGCCCUCAAGGUCAGAUAUAGAGAGAGAAUAACAAUUUUACGUGGUAAUCAUGAAUCGAGACAAAUCACACAAGUAUAUGGAUUUUAUGAUGAAUGUUUACGUAAAUAUGGUAACGCCAAUGUAUGGAAGUUCUUUACAGACUUGUUUGACUAUUUACCGUUAACUGCACUGGUAGAUGGCCAAAUCUUUUGUUUGCACGGUGGUUUAUCACCAUCGAUUGAUACAUUAGAUCAUAUACGUGCACUAGAUCGUAUUCAGGAAGUACCUCAUGAGGGUCCAAUGUGCGAUCUUUUAUGGUCAGACCCGGAUGAUAGAGGAGGGUGGGGUAUUUCUCCUCGUGGAGCAGGAUAUACUUUCGGACAAGACAUUUCAGAAACUUUUAAUCAUUCUAAUGGCCUGACAUUGGUAUCGCGAGCACAUCAACUAGUUAUGGAAGGCUACAACUGGUGUCAUGAUCGUAAUGUUGUAACUAUAUUCUCAGCACCUAAUUACUGCUAUCGUUGUGGAAAUCAAGCUGCAAUCAUGGAAUUAGACGAUGCUUUAAAAUAUUCAUUCCUUCAAUUUGACCCAGCUCCAAGACGCGGAGAACCACACGUUACUAGGCGGACACCAGACUAUUUCUUGUAAAGAAUCAUACUCCAAAAUUAAAUAUUAAAAUUGGGGUAUGGAAAUGAUUCAGGCUUUAUAGCGAUGCCACUGAAAAUAAUUUAUGGAUAGAACAUCAAUAAGUGUGUAAGGUUUCAGCUAUCCUUACACAUCAUAUAUAGUCUCAAGUAUUAUAUCAUGACUCACUUCGUGGUGUCUCAUUUAGAGACAAAACACACAUCUGCGUAUUUUACAUGUGUCCAACACCAUACAUCUAGACACAACAUUAAUUGUAUACAUAAAAGGAAAAACAAACAAUAAUGUACACAUGUACCAAUUAAAAUUCACGUAUAGCAUUGAGUUCUACAACUUUCAUUGUAAUGCUUGUAUUUUUAUUACCGAAGAAACAAAAAAAAUAUGAACAUAAUACAUGGAUUGAACGUAAAAAGUAGUGCGAACGAAAAUAUGUACAUGGUAUUGUUUUGAAACCUUGAACAAAUAUUAAUUUAUUGAAAAAUGUUUGUACGAACAAAACUAUUUGUCACGUGAACUAAAUAGAAAUAAUGUUGUUUAAGGUUUCAACAACUGUACUAAAAUGAUCAUAGUUUAUAUUUACAAGAGUGUCACGUAUAUAAUUAAUAUGAAUGGAGCAUGAAAUGUUCCACUUCAGGGGAAUAUAAAGAGGGUUGAUGCAACAGUAAGUUGGCAUAUACAAAUUGUGCCAUAUAAACAAUGUAAUACAUUUUUUAGUAGAUUCCUUUAUUAAUGUAACAUAGCAUUAUACAUUACAGUUCUGAAGAACUAUAAUAGACAACAAUUUCGUUACUAUUAAUACAACUGUUUUAUUAAAUGAA